AUGGUUUCCACCCGCCAUCACCCAGACGACUUCCCACCACCUACAUCCAAAUCAUCAUCGCCUUUAUCCCCAACGUCUGAGCCAAGCGGUGCCUCAUCGAAAACAUGGCUCCACACGCCGACCGCAAUUCUUACGCUCUGGCUGCUCAUCUCGUGCCCCCUCGUUCUCUGGGACGCCGGCUACUGCCUGUUGCGCCCGCACUCCAUGCCCGGCGGAAAGUACCACUCCUUUUGGUCUGGAUACAAAUGGUACGGCACUGUGGAUUACAUCUAUGGCUGGCCGGCGUUCAAUGCGAACAAUGGCUUUACAAAUGCGCAGGCUGUCUUAAACUUGCUGGAGACCGGCGGAUACCUUUAUUACUUGUGGGUUGUGUAUAGACACGGGACUGUCGCGGGAGACUCAAAAGGGUCGCGGGGGUCGCAGGGGACGCUGUCCUGGCUGCUGGCCACAGAUAAGGUCGUUGCGGGGAGAAUGGGGGCGACGGCGUUGUUGGCGGCGUUUAGCUCCUCUGUGAGCACAGUCUCGAAGACUGUCUUUACUCUAACGAUUUCAGGGUUGCAAGAAUACUUCAGCAACUUCGAGAACAUCGGCCACAAUGAGUUCUGGCCAAUGACUGCUUGGAUCAUCCUCAAUGGCCUCUGGAUCGUUGUCCCUGUGUGGAAUCUUCAUGUUCUCGGGGAGGAGAUUGUGUCCUUGCUUGCCAAUGGCACUGGUGCUCCGCGUCAAAUACGCUAUCCGUCGAUCACUGAAUGGCAGCUGCAACGAGAAUAUCUCCAGACCAUGGCCACUUCAAAUAGGAAGCGCAUCGCCGUUGUCGGCGCCGGGGCAGCAGGAAUGUCCUGCGCCACAACUCUCUCAAAACACCCCGCCAAAUUCGAUAUCACCCUAAUCGACAGUGUGUCCCAGACCGGCGGGCAAGCAACCUCGCUACCACUCGACAGCAGCAAAUACGGCGCAUCCUGGCUGAACGACGGGGUGCAAGGCGGCAGCAGCAUCUUCAAGCACACAUUCAAGUUCUUCCAGGACUACGGCUACUCGCCGCGAGAGGUAAAGCUGCAGGUUGCGUUCGGGAAAGGACCAGACAGCUUCUUCACGAAUGUAUUUCCCAGUCCGCUGGUCGACCGGUUCCAGCCAGAGAUCAAGAAGUUGGGCCGUGUGUUGAAAGUGAUCAAGUACGGGCUCCCGGUGCUUGGGAUCCUACCAGUGAAAGUUAUCUUGAAACUAUUCCGAUUCAGUACGGAGUUCGGCAAUAGGAUGCUCCUGCCGCUGCUGGCGCUGUUCCUGGGCACGGGAAAUCAGACGCCCAAUGUGAGCUGUGCGCUGUUGGAGAGGCUGUUCCAGGAUCCUGGGAUGAGGCUUUGGGAGUACGAUUCCGAAGGUCUGAUGACAAACUUGCCGCGGAUGUAUACGUUUCCGCAGCUGGGGAUGUUCUAUGCGCAGUGGAAGGAUGACCUGGAGGGGAAUAAGGGGGUGAGGAUGCUUCUAGGGACGGAGGUUGAGAUCAUGCAUCGAGCGGGCGACGCAGUUGUGCUCGCUCUGCAUACACCGGAUGGGAAGAAGACAGAAGCAUUCGACUACAUGGUCCUCUGUACGCCGGCCGACGAGGCACUGAAACUGCUCGGCCGCCACGCAACGUGGAAAGAAAGGUGGGUGCUUGGAGGUGUGAAGUUCUUCGACGAUGUGACAGUCACGCAUAGCGACGCAGACUACUUCAACAGUAUAUUUGAGACAAGAAUACGCGACGAACUGGUCUCAACGGCCACCGGACCGUCCACAACCCUCUCUGCAACAACCGUGUCCAAGCGUCAAGACCAACUCGCCUUCGCCAAUGCACCCUCCAAAUGCGAAGAAGACGGCUGGGCCGGCUUCAAUCCCAUGUACUACACCCACUCGUAUGCGAACGAGCAAGACAAAAUCGAAAUGGGCUUCGAUUGCACCAACUAUCAGCACCAGUUCCGGGACGCGGUUGGGGUUGGAAAUUCUCCGUAUCCAGCAGGGCAACACGUCUACCAGACAAUCUUCUUGGAUAAAACGCGGCAGGACCUAUGGACGUGGGACUCUAUCGACGAGGACAAGGUUAUUGGCAAGAAAUGGUGGCACCAGUUCGGGCACCGCUGGCAGCAUUAUGCGCGCGUUGUGCCGGGGAUGAUGUUUGUGAAUAGCUUGAAAAAUCGGACGCUCUUUGCAGGGGCUUGGACGAUGGUGAAUAUGCAUGAAAUCGCAUGUAUAUCUGGGAUUGCGGCAGCGUAUCGGCUGGGAGCGAGUUAUGAACAUUUCGAUGAUUUUGCGCAGGAGGUCUUUGCUAAGUAUCUCUUUGUUUGUCAUGGGGUUUGGUAUAAAGGGGAGGGUAAGAAGCGUGCCUGA